AUGGAAAAUGAUUCUUCAGUAGCUGAAUUCAUCCUGGUAGGAUUGACCAACCAACCUGAACUCCAAAUACCCCUCUUCUUUCUCUUCUUGGUGAACUAUGUGGUCACUGUGAUGGGAAAUUUGAGCUUAAUUAAUUUGAUUUGCCUGAAUUCUCAUCUUCACACCCCUAUGUACUUUUUCAUCUUCAAUCUGUCCUUCAUAGACCUCUGUCACUCUUUGGUUCUUACCCCUAAAAUGCUAAUGAGCUUUCUGCCAGAGAAAAAUAUCAUCUCCUUUGCAGGAUGCAUGACUCAGCUCUUUUUCUUCUGUUUCUUUAUCCAUUCUGAGUGUUAUGUGUUGACAGCCAUGGCUUAUGAUCGCUAUGUGGCCAUCUGUAAGCCCCUGCUCUACACAGUUGUCAUGUCCCCUCAGGUCUGUACUCUGCUCAUGUUUGGCUUUGCUGGUGCCAUGGCCCACACAGGGGACAUGAUAAGACUGUCUUUCUGUGAUUCCAACAUCAUCAACCAUUAUAUGUGUGACAUCUUUCCCCUACUCCAGCUCUCCUGCAGCAGCACCGAUGUCAAUAAACUGGUGGAUUCGAUUAUUGUGAGCACAGUUGUAAUAGUAUCCAGCUUUAUUAUUUUCAUUUCUUAUGCUUUGAUCCUUUCCAAUAUCAUCCACAUCUCAUCAGCUGGAGGUUUGUCCAAAGCUUUUAGCACCUGUAGCUCCCACGUGAUAACUGUUGCUCUAUUCUAUAGUUCUGGGAUGUUCAUACAUCUCAAGAUCUCUUCUGCUGAUUCUGUGGAAAAGGGGAAGUUCUUCUCAGUAAUUUAUACCCAUUUAGUGCCUAUGCUUAAUCCCCUCAUCUACAGCCUAAGGAAUAAAGAUGUCAAAUUUGCUCUGAAGAAACCCCUGAAGAGAUUUGCAAACUAA